AUGGGUUUUGGCGGCGUGGUUCUUCGCUUCUUUAACCUAGCCAUUCGCGUGCUCCAGUUUUUGGACGCCGCCGUCAUCCUCGGCAUCUUCUCCUACUUCCUCGCCGUCCAAACUCGCCAUGACCAGACCAUCCCGCAGUGGAUGAAAGCGACCGAGGGUCUGUCGGGCGCUGCCACCCUCUAUGGUUUACUGGGAAUCCUCUUCACCUGCUGUCUGGGGGGAGUCGCCUUCUUUGCCUUUCUGGCUGUCGUGCUCGAUGUCUGCUUCGUGGGUGCCAUGGUGGCCAUCGCCGUGAUGACGCGUGACGGCACCCAGAAGUGCUCCGGUAACGUGAAGACCCCUCUCGGGUCAGGCGACAGCAACGACGAGUCGGCCUCAAACGUGACCUACGGUUUCAUCUGUGAAUUGCAAAAGGUUGCAUUUGCUGUCUCGAUUAUUGGAAUCUUCUUCUUCCUGGUCUCGAUCCUCUUCCAGGUGCUUUAUGCACGACACCACAAGCGUGAGAAGCGCUUCGGUCCCUCGCCGGCGAACGGAUACACCUACGGCACCCAGGGCAAGAGCCUCUUCCGUCGCAACAAGAAGAACAACCCUGAAACCGGCAGCGGCGACGACAUUCUCCCGGGCCAUCCCACGCCCCACGAUGUGGAAAUGGGUACCCCUGAAGAAAAGCCAGGUCUUCUGGGCCGGAUGUUCUCCCGGAAGAAGACGGCUACCAAUACUCCCGCACCGACCACCGGCUAUGGCUACGGCAAUUCUGCCUACACCGGCAACUACUAG